UGUCUUUGUCUAUGUGUUGGAAGGCUUUGAAUAAGUGAUCAUCUUGAUCCAGUCUGUAUCUAUGCAACGUCCCUGAGAUAAGCCUGAAAAUAUAAAAAAGGCUUCUCAAUCAUUUUUAAGAUGACUAUGGAAGCGUGGAAAGAAAUGACAGUACUAACAGCUUCCAUGAGCAGUUUUACUUCAGCUUCAGAGAGAUUAGAACCAGUCCGGUGUUAAGUUCUUCUUGAGUUAAUGUCGUUAUCCAUAUUACGCAAACAUGGUUUUAAGACCUUUAGUUUCCUCUUCCGAUAGACUCUCUGCAAUAAUCUGCUAUACAAAAUCAGAAACACAAGCAAUGAUCAGAGAGGCAAAACAGAAGAGAAUGCUUACUUCCACAAGAGAAGUUUGUAGUUUUUCUUACCUUUGGAGCUAGCUUCUUAAGCUUGCUCAUUGCUCAGAAUUGCCUCAUCAGAGAUAACGCAGCACUAUCAAUAGGAUUGUCUGAGGCUUCUUCACCCCCUCUGAUCCAAGGAUGUUCUGUGAAGACAUUAGAAAGCAUGCUGAUUACACAACCACACUUAAUGUUUUGUUUUAAAAAGAGACUAAGUGGACUUUACAACAAUUACAUUACAGAUUCACAAACCAUAUAAACUACAGAGAUAAAUAAAUAAAACAAUCAAAGAAUAUGUUAGCUUUAUAUUACCUUACCAAAAAGGAGGUACACCACAAAGCAAGAUGUAUAGAAUAACCCCUGAACUCCAGAUGCUGAUCUACUUCUUGUAGCUUCGUCUUAAUACUUCAGGAGCAACAUAGAAAGCACUCCUUACAACAUCCCUGUACACUUUUUCCGUAAGCAUAAAACACACCAGAUUAUCAAUUAAAAGGGCAUAACUUGACAACGUAACUGUGUAUCAAGCAGACAAUUACCCACACUAAAACUUGCAAAGCCUCUGUUUUGAAGCAGACCACUAUGUACUAAAUGAGAUCAGAUUCAUAAACUCCAAGCAUUCAUUAGAAUCUUAACAAAAUCAGAAGACACAUAUUUGAUUACACACCUCACCUUCUUCUAUGAACACAGACAAUCCAAAGUCAGUAGCUUUGAGCACAGCAUCCUCAUCUUUACUAGUAGCGAGCACAGUAAAAAGAAAAAGUUUCAUACGCUCCGCUUUGUUAACUGCUUUAAACUGAAUCAAGAAGCAAGAGAUUAUCAUCAACACAUCGAUAGGAAACCUGGCAGUUUUUUCCCGGAGAAUCAGUGCCUGCAUAUUUCAAUUAUAAGCCUGACGUUGAGGCUUGUGACUGGAGGGAGAUGAAAAUCUCUUGUUGCAUCAAGGACAAACCGAAUGUUGUUAAAUCUACACAUUCAACUUUAUGGUUCGAAUUCUAUCCAACUUCAAAGGAGCAUCUGGUCGUAUUCGAAUUUGAAGAAGUAUAAAAUGGAAGAUUGAAGAAUGCGGGCUACGUCCUCUGAAAUCUCAUUUUCAUUAGUUACUGUUUUUAAAUCCUUAAUUUUCAAUUGAUGUGCAUUUUUUUCUGUAUUAAUUAGUGUAAGAUUAUCAUUGUGUGAUAUUGAGUUUGAACAAAAAUGUGUAGCCAAAUAUAUGUUUAUAAGAGUAUGUGCAUCAUAUAAAUUAUUCAUUCCUUCUAUACCUUGAAUAUCAAGCAAACAAUUGUUAACAAAACAGAAAACAAAUAAAAAUGUCUGCAAUCUGUCCCAAGUCAGUUAAAUGAAGUUCCCAUUCACCAUAACCUACUUUUUCUAAAGUUCUACACACGAUCAAAGUUUCCAUUCACCAUCAUCUGUGCUAAAACAUAUAAUGAGAUCAGAUUCUUAAGUUAUAAACUAUUGUAUGAUCAUAAUCUUAAGAAAUCUAAAACAUUUGUUUAUAUUUAAAUGAUAAAGCAGAAGAAGAAAGCUGAUUGCAGAUACUUUACUAAACCUACUUUCUUGUCAAUAGAGUUGAAGCCCAGGAGGAAACUUCCAGAGAAGAUUAAUCUCUUCGCUGUAAAAUUUCAAGUGUGAACUCAUUAAUAUUGAUGUAGAGACACUGAUUUCAAUCACUACUUCCUUGAAGUUGCUUCAGCUCUUCCUUGCCUUUUCCUCCUUAGCAUAGGAUGCCCCCAACGCACUGUUCCCACUACAAAGAAUGGUGGAGCCAUGCAUUACCUUUCAACUUUAGGCACAGUGAUUUUUAUCUGUGAAUCUUUUUUCACCACAAAGUCUCUCUCAGUCAACGGAGUCAACUUUUCAUGUAGCUUUGUUCAAUUAUACAAAAAGCAUCUUUGUUUCACUCUUUGCUCCACAAUCUGUAGCAAGCUCAUUGAUCCUUUUCCCCACCUCACAAAUGGAUUUCUCUCUUUUCCUUACCAUCGUUGCUGCUGCAAUAGGUUUCUUCGUGAUUCGAAGAUUCAGAUUCAAUCCAGAAAACAAUGAAAUCGAUACUUCGUCUUUGUCUCCAUCAUCACCACCAUCUUCUUUAUCUUCUAGGUCUUUGUCUACUUCAUCAACUCCAUCUGCUUUGUCUCCUUCAUCGGCUUCUCCAUCUUCUUCCUCUCAUGUCUGGAUGUACGAUGUCUUUCCGAGCUUCCGUGGGGAAGAUGUUCGAAGAGACGUUCUAAGUCACAUUCUAAAAGAGUUUACAAGAAAGGGAAUCACACCAUUCAAUGAUAAUGGGAUCAAGAGAGGAGAAUCCAUCGGUCCCAAACUCAUACAGGGGAUUAGAGAAUCUAAGAUCGCCAUCAUCUUGCUCUCGAGGAACUACGCUUCUUCAACAUGGUGUCUUGAGGAGUUGGUGGAGAUUAUGAAGUGCAGGGAAGAAUUGGGUCAAACUGUGAUGGCCAUUUUCUACAAAGUAGAUCCAUCUGAUGUAAAGAAGCUGACCGGUGAUUUCGGGAGUGUUUUCAGAAAAACUUGUGAGGGUAAAGGUGAGGAGGACAUUGGAAGAUGGAAACAAGCUUUGGAGAAGGUGGCCACAAUCGCUGGAUACCAUUCCUACAACUGGGAUAAUGAAGCAUCCAUGGUCGAAACAAUUGCCAGUGACGUUUCAAAUGAGCUCUUUAAUUUUGUGCCAUCAAGGGAUUUCGAAGUUUUUGUUGGCAUGAGAGCUCAUAUGAUAAAUCUGAAACCGUUGUUGCUCCUAGGCACCAAUGAAGUGAGGAUGAAAGGGAUUUGGGGUCCUUCUGGAAUUGGUAAGAGCACCAUCGCCAGAGUUCUAUUUAACCAACACUCUCAUCAGUUCCCGUUUAGUGUCUUCAUGGAGAAAAUUAAAAGACGUUAUCGGGGACCUUAUAUCGAUACGUACAGUGCACAAAUUCAAUUACAGGAAGAGUUCCUGUCCAAACUAAUCAACCAAAAAGAUAUCAAGAUUCAUCGUUUAGAAGUUGUGCAAGACAGGUUAAAAGGCAAGAAAGUGCUUGUGGUUCUUGAUGACGUGGACCAUUUGUUGCAACUAGAAGCCGUGGCGGAAAAAGCUCAGUGGUUUGGUCCUGGAAGUAUAAUUGUCAUCACAACGCAAGAUAAAAAGCUUUUGACUGCUCAUGAGGUUAAAUAUAUUUACGAGGUCGAGCUUCCACCUGACAAAGAGGCUCUUGAAAUUUUCUGCAGGUAUGCUUUUGGUCAAAAGUAUCCACCUGAUGGCUUCAAAGAACUUGCCUGGGAGGUUACAAAACUUGCUGGUAAGCUCCCUUUGGGACUGAGGGUUAUGGGAUCUCAUUUCAAAGGAAGGCCCAAGCAGGAGUGGCAAGAGGAACUACCAAGGUUAAGAAGUAGACUUGAUGGAGAAAUAGAAAGUACUUUAAAGUUCAGUUAUGAUGCCUUAUGCGAUGACAAUCAAGCUAUAUUUCUUCACUUAGCAUGCUUUCUCAAAGACGAAUUGCCGGAAACUGUGGAAAGGUGUCUUGAAAAGAAUUUUGUUGGUGUGAAAGGUUGUCUUCGUGUUUUAGCUGAGAAAUCUUUCAUAUACUUCGAGUGGGGACGUAUACAGAUGCAUGAUUUGCUAGCACUUUUGGGUAGAGAAAUUGUUCGUAAAAAAUCCAUUCAUGAACCUGGGCAGCGCCAGUUUUUGGUUGAUGCUGGAGAUAUAUGCCAAGUACUACGUGAUGGUACACUAGGUAGUCGAAAUGUUAUAGGCAUAGAUUCAAAGUUGUUGGAGACGGGGUUGAAGAUAAGUGACAGAGUUUUUAAAAGAAUGCCCAAUGUCCAAUUCUUAAGAGUGAAAUAUCACAGUAAGCCAUAUCCUCACAGCAUAGAUCCCGUGACAUGUCUGCCCUCAAAUCUAAGAAUUUUGGAUUGGGAUUCUUUUCCGAUGACAUGCCUGCCUUCUAAUUUUAAUCCGGAGUUCCUGGUGGAAAUAAUCUUGACUAAAAGCAACUUCCUUGAGAAAUUGUGGGAAGGAAAUAAAACGAUUAGAAAUCUGAAAUUGAUGAAUUUGUCGAACUCCAAAAAUCUAAAGGAGCUUCCCGAUCUCUCAACUGCCACUAAUCUGCAAAGCUUGGAUCUUUCUGGUUGCUCAAGUCUAACUGAGCUCCCCUCUUCUAUGGAAAAUGUCACUACUCUCGAGGAAUUGUAUCUCACGAGCUGCUCACAUCUAGCUAAGCUCCCCUCUUCUUUUCUUCUAUCUUGUCUUAUAUAUUCCGAAAUGGAAAGUUACGACGAGGUAUUGUCUCUUUAUGGAUGCUCAAGUCUACGGGAGCUACCUUCUUCUAUUGGGAAUAUGACUAGGCUUCAAAAGUUCGAUCUUGAUGGAUGCUCAAGUCUUGUAGAGCUCCCCUCUUCCAUUGGGGAUUUAAUCAGACUGAAGACGUUGAAUCUUAAUGGAUGUUCAAGUCUUGUGAUGCUCCCCUCUUCCAUUGGGAAUAUGAAUAAUCUCAGGAAGUUGUAUCUCAAAAGAUGCUCAAAGCUAAAGGCCCUUCCGAUCAACAUCAACAUGAAAUCUCUUGAUGAGGUUGAUCUCACUGACUGCUCGUCAUUGAAAAGUUUUCCCGAGAUUUCCACAAACAUCAGCGUUCUAGAGCUCACUAGAACUUCAAUAGAAGAAUUACCUCGAUCAAUAAUGUCAUGGCCUCGUCUUCGUUGGUUAUACUUGAGCGAGACAAGAAUACAAGAAAUUGCUCCAUGGAUCAAGGAAAUGUCUCAUCUAAGUCGACUUGUAAUCAAGGGGUGCACGAAGCUGGUUUCUCUUCCACAGCUUCCGGACUCCUUAAAAUCCCUAGUCGCAGACAGUUGUGAGUCCCUCGAGAGACUGGAUUGCUCUUUCUACAAGACAAAGUUAGAAGAGCUCAGCUUUAUCAACUGCUUUAAACUGAAUCAAGAAGCAAGAGACCUUAUCAUCAAGACAUCGACAAGAGACCUGGCAGUUUUUCCCGGAGAAUCAGUGCCUGCAUAUUUCACGUACCGAGCCACCGGGAGUGCCCUGUCAUUGACGUGGAAUGGAUUAGAUACACAGUAUUUUCCUACAUCCUUGAGAUUUAAAGCUUGCCUCUUACUAGUUUAUAAAGGUGACGUUGUUGCUGAUGAUUGGGUCUUGGCUAAAAUAUCUUAUUGCAUCAAGGACAAACUCAAUGGUGUUAAACCAGCUGGUUAUUCUUCUCAAAGACGUGUCAAAUUGCCUCGAACUUCAGGGGAGCAUCUGUUCGUAUUCAAAAUUGAAGAAACUGUGAGUGCUCCCGAGUUAGUCUUUGAGUUCGAAUACACGGAAAACAAUUGGGAGAUUACAGAAUGCGGGCUACAUCCUCUGGAAACCUUGGCUCCCUCGUGUUAAUGGAAGUUGUGAAAAAAAAAAAACAACUCACAUUUUCACUGAUAACUUCUUUUUUGGAAAACCUUCCUUUCAAGUUGAUGUGCAUCUUUUGCUGUAUUUGUAUUAAGAUUAUCAUUGUGCUAUGUUGGGUUUGAGUACAAAUGUGCCGGCAUAUAUAUGUAAUGCAUGUAUGUGCAUAAUCAUAAUAAUGAUGCAUUCCUUUUAUAUCGUAAAUAUCAAGCAAACAAUUUGCUAUCA